ACUGGUAGUCGGCUACUCCAACUCGCACACCACCAACCCCCUUGACUCUGACACCUCCCCUCCCACUCCGAGUCCUAUACGGCUAUACUAGAUCCCGUUCCCUUCCCAUUCCGCCCCAAGCAGCCCAAAACCCUUCCGUUUCCACGAUGGCCGCCGCCGCCGCCACGCCGCACUCCCUCGUCCUCCAGCGCUCCAACACCGCCGUGCCGAGGGCCGCCGCCGUCUCCUCCUCCUCCCUCCGCCUCCCCACGCGCGCCGCCAGGAUCUCCUGUACGGCGGUGGCCGCGCCGUCCCCCUCCUCACCCGUCACCGGUGCCGCGGAGCGUGGCGUCUACAACUUCGCGGCGGGCCCGGCCACGCUCCCGCUCUCCGUCCUCGAGAAGGCGCAGGCGGAGCUCGUCGACUACCGCGGCUCCGGGAUGAGCAUCAUGGAGAUGAGCCACCGCGGGAAAGAGUUCGACGCCGCCAUCAAGAAGGCCGAGGCCGACCUCCGCGCGCUCCUCGCCGUGCCCGACACCCACGCUGUCCUUUUCCUCCAGGGCGGCGCCACCACCCAGUUCGCCGCCGUGCCGCUCAACCUCUGCGCCGAUCCCUCCGACCCCACCGACUUCGUCGUCUCUGGGUCAUGGAGCGACAAGGCCUUCAAGGAGGCCAAGAAGUUCUCCGCCGCCGCCGUCGCCUGGUCCGGCAAGGACGGCAAGUACACCUCCCUCCCGCCCUUCGACGCCAUCAAGCAGAACCCGGAGGCCAGGUUCCUCCACAUCUGCUCCAACGAGACCAUCCACGGCGUCGAGUUCAAGGACUACCCGGAGCCCAAGAACAAGUCCGGCAUCCUAGUCGCCGACAUGUCCUCCAACUUCUGCUCCAAGCCCGUCGACGUCUCCCGCUUCGGUGUCAUCUACGCCGGCGCGCAGAAGAACGUCGGCCCCUCCGGUGUCACCAUCGUCAUCGUGCGCAAGGACCUCAUCGGCAACGCGCAGCCCAUCACGCCGGUCAUGCUGGACUUCAAGACGCACGCCGACAACGCCUCGCUCUACAACACCCCGCCCUGCUUCGCCAUCUACAUCUGUGGGCUCGUGUUCGAGGACCUGCUCGCGCAGGGCGGCCUCGCCGAGGUCGAGAAGAAGAACGCCCACAAGGCCGGCAUCCUAUACGACACCAUUGACGCCAGCGGCGGGUACUACGUCUGCCCCGUAGAGAAGUCUGUGCGGUCGCUGAUGAAUGUGCCCUUCACGCUGGCCAAGGGGCCGGACUUUGAGAAGCAGUUCAUCGCCGAGGCGACCAAGGAGGGCAUGGUGCAGCUCAAGGGGCACAGGUCGGUCGGUGGCGUGCGCGCAUCCAUCUACAAUGCCAUGCCGCUCGCUGGUGUGGAGAAGCUUGUCGCGUUCAUGAAGGAUUUCCAAGCGAGGAACGCUUGAUUGGCUUGUGUUGUGAUCGUUUGGCAUUGCUACUCUUUAGUAGAAUGUUUUGUUCUUCAUAACAUAAGUGGGCUCUGUAUAAGAGCUGCUUUGCGCAUUCGCGAUCCAUCUGUAGUAUCAGUACCGUAAUAACUAUCUGCAAUGUAUUUUUCUCUCUUUUUUGGUGUCUAUGGGAUUCCAUGGUUCACCGGAUGUGUUCUUCUGGGAAUAAAGGUAGUUGGUCAGUUGUCUUGGGAGUAUGUGAUGCUGCUGUAUGAUUCAGACAUCAGAGCUUAUAUGACAGUAUCCAAUUUUAAGUUC